GUGUAUUACAGUGAAAGUGAAACCUGCGCCAUAGCAAACAGAAAACACCAGCAAUUUUUUUUAAUAUUUAAGAAUUAAACAUAAAAUAUAAAUUAACAAGCAAAACAAAAUGUGUGGGGGCUUUACCUGCUCGAAAAAUGCGCUUAUUGCGCUUAACAUCCUAUAUGUGAUGAUUGGUUUCUUGCUAAUUGGCGUUGGGGUCUAUGCUCGGGCGGCCUCCGUAGUCACAAAUCUGCCAAUCGUUGGAGGAAUCCUCGCCUGCGGCGUUAUACUCAUCUGCAUAUCUAUGCUGGGCCUUGCUGGCGCCGUCAAGCAUCAUCAAGUGAUGCUCUUCUUCUACAUGAUCAUUUUGUUCAUGCUCUUCCUCAUUCAGUUCUCCAUUGCCAGCUCGUGCCUGGCCGUCAAUUCGGUGCAGCAGCAGCAGUUCGCUGAGCACGGCUGGAAGACGGUGCCACCUCAGUUGCGCAAACAGGUGCAGGACAGUUUCCUCUGCUGCGGCUUCAAUGCCACCACCCCCACCACCAGCGUCGUCAACGUCAACAGCAACACCGAUGACGAGGAGCCCAGCUGUGAGAUAAUUAACCGAGAAUGUUGCGUGAACGCAAAGGAUCCGCUAUGCCACUGCGAACCGUGCGGCCCCUUGCUGGAGGGUAAAAUUGAUUAUGCUUUUAAAUUGUGCGGCGGUCUGGGCAUCUUCUUCAGCUUCACUGAGGUCCUGGCUGUUUUUCUCGCCCGUCGCUAUCGCAACCAGCACGAUCCCUGUUAUUUGCCCGCUCGCGCCGUUUUUCCACACAACUAUCAGUACUGAGUGAAGAUGGUGAAGGAGCUGCAACGAGAUCAAAGAGCCGAGGCGCAGGCAACAUUUAGUCAAUGGGACGAAGGCUGAUUUAUCACAUAUUUUAUAGAAA